UAAGGAAGUUAUUGUUAUUGUACUGUCUUCGCCGCUACAUUAUUUUCUUUUCUUUACAAAACAGAAACUCAUCUUGCUUUAUUCUUGGACUAAUAAGGGGACAAAAACAAAAUGUCUUUAUUGGAGCAGCAGCAGGGUUGGAACGCGGCCCCGCGGUGGGAGAUGAACCGCUAUACCACCAUGAGGCAGCUGGGGGACGGGACCUUCGGCAGCGUGCUCAUGGGCAAGAGCAACGAAUCUGGAGAACUGGUGGCCAUCAAGAGGAUGAAGAGGAAGUUCUACUCGUGGGAUGAGUGUAUGAACUUACGAGAAGUCAAGUCUCUGAAGAAGUUGAGCCAUGCCAACGUCGUGAAGCUGAAGGAGGUGAUCCGAGAGAAUGACCAUCUCUACUUUGUCUUUGAGUACAUGAAGGAAAACCUCUACCAGCUGAUGAAGGACAGAGAAGACGGGAUGUUUUCUGAGAAUGAAAUAAGAAACAUAAUUUUCCAAGUUCUGACUGGCUUAGCGUUUGUACAUAAAACAUGUGUGUCAAUACGCUCUGUCUCUCCAGGUUACUUCCACCGUGACAUUAAACCAGAGAACCUGCUCUGUAUGGGUCCAGAGCUGGUGAAGAUAGCUGACUUUGGGUUGGCCAGAGAGAUACGCUCCCAGCCUCCCUACACUGAAUACGUCUCAACUAGAUGGUACCGCGCCCCUGAGGUUCUCCUGAGGUCCCAGUCCUAUAGCUCUCCUAUAGACAUCUGGGCAGUGGGCUGCAUCAUGGCAGAGCUCUACACACUCAGACCUCUGUUUCCUGGAAACAGCGAGGUGGACGAGAUCUUCAAGAUCUGCCAGGUGCUGGGCACCAUGAAGAAGAUGGACUGGCCCGAGGGCUACAACCUAGCAGCCUCGAUGAACUUUCGUUUCCCCCAGUGUGUCCCGACCAGCCUGCGUUUGCUGGUCCCCAACGCCUCCAAUGAGGCCCUGGUUCUGAUGAGGGACAUGCUGCAGUGGAACCCUCAGAAGAGACCCACUGCCAUACAGGCUCUGAGGUACCUGUACUUCCAGGUGGGCCAGGCGUUGGGUCCUCCACCUCAGUACCUGGAGGAGCACAAAGCCCAGAGCAGGACCGCAGCAGCUCAGCAGGCCUCCUCUACAGAGCCCAAACCUCUCCCCCUCUGCAAGGCCGACCUCCAGACCAUCUUAGAGACCCAGCCCCAGCCAACCCAGGGACAGGGCAGGGUUCAGCACCACCAGCCCCUCCAGCAGAUCCACCAGCCUCAACACAACACAGAUCAUCACAGACACUCCAACACAGACUGGGAUGGACACAGCCAGCCAUCCCCACUCAGCCUGGUCAAACACAGCCAGCCAUCCCCACUCAGCCUGGUCAAACACACCCAGCCACAGGUCAGUGGUGUAGCCAGCCAUCCCCACUCAGCCUGGUCAAACACCCAGCCACAGGUCAGUGGUGUAGCCAGCCAUCCCCACUCAGCCUGGUCAAACACACCCAGCCAUCCCCACUCAGCCUGGUCAAACACACCCAGCCACAGGUCAGUGGUGUAGCCAGCCAUCCCCACUCAGCCUGGUCAAACACCCAGCCACAGGUCAGUGGUGUAGCCAGCCAUCCCCACUCAGCCUGGUCAAACACACCCAGCCAUCCCCACUCAGCCUGGUCAAACACACCCAGCCACAGGUCAGUGGUGUAGCCAGCCAUCCCCACUCAGCCUGGUCAAACACACCCAGCCACAGGUCAGUGGUGUAGCCAGCCAUCCCCACUCAGCCUGGUCAAACACACCCAGCCAUCCCCACUCAGCCUGGUCAAACACACCCAGCCACAGGUCAGUGGUGUAGCCAGCCAUCCCCACUCAGCCUGGUCAAACACACCCAGCCACAGGUCAGUGGUGUAGCCAGCCAUCCCCACU